AAUUUAUUGCGAUUUUUUCUGUAUUCUCGCUGAAUGUAGAGACUCUGAAUCUAGAAUCUAAGAAUGUUUUAAUGAAGUUUCACUAAAGAACGAAGAUGACAUACAGCUUUAAAGUCUACACUCUUUUGACUGUGGCAUUACUGAGGCCUGAACAAGUCACAGGUGCCACCACGACCUUCGGGAAGUACUUCAUGACCACUGUGCCCAUCUUGGACCACGGACCGCAUUUUCCAACUCAUGAAAUUGUCUUCGAGUUGUGCACCCACUACAAAUCAUUUUUUACUGUAUACAUUGACGAGAAUAAGACCAGGGAAGAAGCAGAAAUUGCUAGAGAUAAUCCUGUCUCACAUCGUAAGAUCUUGAGGACUAAUAGUUUGACCCCUAAAGAGGCCAACACAAAACACUUUCGACUUCACGCUGAACAGAACUUUGGCCUGACAGUCUUUCUCAUCAGCCGGAACUCGUCCGCAUCUUUUGUUGUGAUGCCCGUGGAUGGAUGGGGCAAGAGGUACCACGCCUUUACACUCAGACAAAAUCCUUCCAUUCAAAUCGUCACUGACGAGGCAGUCAAAGUGGUCAUCUCUUUCGUUUUUGUGGAUAAAUCAGCCAAAUUCUUUAUGCAAGGAAUUGCUUACUCGAACGGAAUGUCAUUGGAAGUGAAUUUAGAGAAAUUGACCGUGUUCAGCAUUCAGAACUGUACACAUAGAGAAAUACCAUAUUACAAUAGCUUCUCAGGAACUUUGGUGGUAGGGGACAAUACAUUUGGCGUCGUGUCAGGGAGCUGUGAUUCUGACACAGAAGACUUGCAGUGUAAAGAUGCCCCAACCAACCAAAGUGUCGCCACAAAGGAUGCCGCUGUCGAGAUGUUGAUGCCUCAAGAAACAUACGGAACAGAGUUCAUUCUUCCAGUAUUCUCUGGCCAAUACACUAACGGCUUCUACUUUAUGACUUCCGGAGAGGACUUAACCUUGGUUCAUGUAUACGACGGGAAGAACGACGACGGAGUCAGCUUCAGAUUAAGUAGACACACGCUGAUGAAGGAACUUACUGGGCCGACUUACCUGAAGAGCAACAAAGGAAUUCAGGUGACUUUUGCCUGGCACUCAGAGAGCGGGUGCAGAAGCAGUACCAUGGAGCUUGGAGAUGCCACCAUCUCAACAAUAGUACCGAUGGAGCUUUUCUUCUAUGCCUAUAUCUGGAGUUUACCAGCGGACAGCACCUUUACAAGGGAUGUUUCGCAUUACUUUACGCUUGUAUAUAGAGCCAAAGAUAUCCCAGAAGUACAUGGUCAAAAACUUGAUCCGCCAAAACUCUUGGCCACGAUGGCUGUUCCAUACUUGCCUGGUUGGCAAAUUUCAGGCUUCUCUUUCAAGAAGAGCGGAUCUGUCCACGGACUAAACAUUGUUGCCUCGAAGAUGAAAAAACCGUUUGGAUGUUAUAUCUACGGUGUUGGGUACUCUGAGGGAUACAUGCAUCCAGCUGGCUACAUCUCUAGCCCCAUUAAUGGUGUAUGCACAAGAACAAUGGCAUCUAUGUUACCCGGUGAUCUCAUAGACAAUGACUGUGAUAAGAAAAUUGACGAAGAGUUUAGCGACUCUCAAGAUGAUGACGAUGACACUAUAAUAGACGAGGACUUACUGGACAUGUCAGAAGACGAAUGGAUGCAGACACUGAUAAACUAUUCGAAAGAAGAUAGUCUACGUGGAGUUGUUCAUGGCUCCUGGGGCGAGUGGACUGAAUGGCAGUGUUCGGCUAUGUGUCCCAACAGGACCAUGGUAAGAAGCAGGCAAUGCAACAAGCCCACGCCUGCCAAUGGAGGGAGGCCUUGUGACGAGAUGGACAAAGAAGGGAAAGACGGGACGUGUUACAUGGGACAAACUUGUCCAGAAGCGUGUCCAGACUAUACAUGGGAUUUAAAUUGUGUUGGUGACUGUCUCAAAUGCAAGGAUCCGUGUAAUAAAUUGACUGGUAUCUGUGACAGUUGCGCCAGUGGUUACAAGUCACCUAAUACUGGGUGUAACAUACCGUGUGGUUUCAACGAAUACGGGUUCAAUUGUAUGGGAAACUGCACAGAAAAAUGUGGCAAAGACUGCUAUGAACGUGAAAAUGGAACAUGUUCAGCUCUAGCACACGGCCAGUGGGGAGAAUGGUCCCGAUGGCUAUGUACACAGGACUGUAGAGAUUCUCGACAAGCAAGAAAAAGAGAGUGUGACAAUCCAAAACCUAGUGAACAUGGGAAUCCGUGUCCAGACAGCAACAUUGAAUACAGAGACUUUAUUUGCUACAAGGGCCUUAUAUGUCCACAAGACUGCCCUCCUUUCAGGUUUGAUUUCAACUGCGCUCAAGGCUGUGAGCAAUGCGAGGAUGACUGCAACAAAUUUAAUGGUUCCUGUACCAUUUGUAAAGAACAUUUCAAGGACCCGCUACAUUGGUGUCGAGAAGUUUGUGGGCUUAAUGAGACUGGAAUUAACUGUGAAAUCAACUGCUACAAGAAGUGUGGGGAGGAGUGUAAUGAUCCAAUCAAAGGAAUAUGCGCAAUUCAUGGUGGCUGGGCUGAAUGGGAAGAAUGGCAUUGUACACCCCGCUGUAAAAAUUCCAGGGAAAUAAGACUGAGAGGCUGUACGAAACCCAAGCCCGAAUUUGGUGGCCACAGAUGUUUUGGAGACUUCUUUGAGAGUAGAAAGGCCAGAUGUUACCAGGGAGUUACCUGCUCAGAAGAUUGUAAACCGUUUACAUGGGAUCUGAACUGUGUCCAGAGCUGCGAGAACUGUGUCGAUGAUUGCAACAAGAUCAAUGGUUCGUGCACUUCCUGUAGGAAAGGCUUCAAGUAUCCUGAAGCAGGAUGCAAUAAAGAAUGUGAGGAACUAGAGUACGGUGAGAACUGUAUGGGAAACUGCCAAAUGAAAUGUGGGGAAGAUUGCUAUGAGAGGGUAAACGGCGAAUGUCCAGUGCAUGGUAAUUGGGGCGUUUGGUCUGAAUGGGCGUGCGGAGAGUGUCCUGAAGAGAACUUGCUUCGAUCCAGAAAAUGUGAUAAUCCAGAGCCCCAAAAAGGAGGCAGGCAAUGUGAGGGCAAUCCAAUGGACUCCAAGAGUGCUGCCUGCUUUGCUGAUUUGAUGUAUUGUUAUGAUGACUGCCCCCCAAAAACCUGGGCACUCAACUGCACUAAAAGAUGCCCCAAUUGCCAGGGUGACUGUAACAAGCGCACGGGUGUCUGUGAAAGCUGUAAGCCAGGCUUCAAGAACUCCAACUUAAGCUGUACCACACCGUGUGAGGAUGGCGAGUAUGGUGCGGACUGUGUCGGAAGCUGUUUUGCUAAAUGUAACGAUGACUGCGUGGAUAGGGUCCAUGGGAUCUGUCCAGCUGUUGGAACCUGGGGUGCAUGGGGAGAAUGGAAGUGUACGCAUUUCUGUAACGACACUAGAAUUAUAAGAUACAGAUGGUGCCGGAAGUCUACCGACGGUACUGAAGUGGAAUGUCCUGACAACAACUUUGAAAUGGCGCCUUCAGACUGUUACGUUAAUACCACUUGCCCUGAGGAUUGUCCCGAUUAUUACUUCGGCAUUGAAUGCGUGAGCUGCUUGCAUUGCAAAGACCAGUGCAACAAGUUCAACGGCACGUGUCAACAAUGUCUUCCUGGAUACAGAGAUCCUGAUACGGGGUGUCAGUCAGUUUGUAUGAAAAACUUUUACGGAAAAGACUGCAAUGGCAGCUGCCUGUCCAAGUGUGGUAGUGACUGUGCGGACAGAGUGACCGGAGAGUGUCCUUCGUCAUCUGGCAACGCCUUCUAUUGGAGCCUAUUGUUACUGCUGCUUAUUGUUAUUCCUGUCAUCUUAUAUUGUCUAAAGCCGUACAUUAAAAAAUCAAAGCACGAUCAAUCUUCCGAGCAGCAGACGUCUGUCAGCGGAGUAAAAAUCUUCCAUAUUCCUCCACUAGUAGAGAUUUCUGAUAUUCCUCCGCCAGAAGAGAGUUAUGCAAUCCCUCCGCCAGUAGAGAGUUCUGCAAUUCCAACACCCAGUAAAACUAGCACUUCAACACCCAGUAAAACUAGCAUUUAGUAGAGGCUGUGUGUUCCUUCGGGCUUUUUUUUUUUAUAUAAUUCCUGCAUUUUAAGGAAGUUUUCGAUCCUGACAAGUUGUUCCAAUACUGACGUGCAUCUAGCUAAUUAUUAGCUAUUGACCACAUAGUGAAAACGUAAUCAUUUUUCACUAUUGAUAUAUAUGUCAGCUCACCAUUUUGAACACGCUUUCGGUGGGUAUUUGUCUUAAAUGUUUCUUUGUGUUCAGUACGGAGCUGAUUGAAUACAUUCACGUUGUGUGACCCGUGUUAUGAUUGCAACAGAAGACAUUGAUUGUGCAGGCUCACUGGAAAGACUCCUUGUUUGAUGUACAGACACACACUUAAUGAAACUAUUGACUCACGUCAUCUCCAUUAAGGAGUAAUCGAUUAAAAAAAUAAUUAUAUUACUUCGAAGUAGUGAAACUACCCGUCGGACAUUCGGUUAGAAUCUAAUUAUGCGUAUACAAUACUUAAUGUAUUGUUAGUCAGCGGCUUAGCAACCAUGGUUGAAAGGGGGACUUAUAGCAUACAAAACUUUAAUAAUAGGACCCCUGCAAAACAUUUUUAAAAAUUUUUACAGCGGUAGCUUAAAAAUUUUUUUACACAUUUUUUUAGCAUCCCAUGCGUAUAAAUAUUUGUUCUCUCCCUUGCCUAACUAUCGUUCUCUCCCUUGUGUAUGUUUUAUUGUACUCUCCCUUGUGUAUGUAUUAUUGUUCUCUCCCUUGUGUAAGUAUUAUUGCUCUCUCCUUUGUGUAUCUACGGUUGUUCUCUCCGUUGCCCAUGUCUCCGGACCAUUUAAGGUGUUAGCCCAGACUAUUAUAAGCAUUUUCAGGCCUUGGUCUGAACAUAUAAAUGUCCUACUUAGACCUUUGUAAAAUAAUGGGCAGACUAUUUGAACAUUACGCGCUUCGGACACCAAGCACUUUGCUACCGCUUAGCCUUAGAUUUGACAUAACGCUAUGCUUCAACUCGCUAACUCUAUUGGAAUAAUAAAUGUGUGCAGUAAGUCUGUGAGUCUUCAUAGUUUGAACUGAACCUAAACACUAUUUCUCUAUAAUCUCUCUAUGUAUAAAGCUAAUGGUAAGGAAUAUGUAUUUAUGCUCGGAAUAAAAGACCGUUUGAAUAAUCUUGAUAAAACUUGGCAUAUGCGUUCCUUAAAUCAUGGCGGAGACCUAAUGUUAUCUGUAUUGUUAUCUGUAUUACAGAACGAAACUUCUGAACAAAUCGGGUAAACCCGUUUUCCCACUAAACUUUCUAUUUAAUAUUCGGAAAACAUUCUCCGUGUUUAAGAUCUAAAUCCGAUCUAGUAGAUCGGUAAUACCCAAACUAAGGCCUGCGUAUCACGUCCGGCUAGUGUAACUAUAUUGCGAAGUAGAACAUUUUGUCGCCGCCGUUUUGUCGCCAAACAUUGUAGAUUUAUAUUAUAAAUUAUUUUUAAUGAGUUUUGCAAAAGAUUAUGACAUGCCUUAGUUUUGUAUGUCUAUGUUCUAUUUAUGUAUAUUUUUUAUGCUUAAACUAUUUUCCGUAAGAUUUUGAAUUUUAUAGCUAGCUAUGCCAUUAUAGCGUACUUUAUGUCAGCUGUCUCUCUUAUGAUGGCCUUAAUGUAAUUAAGAAUGUGGCUUUUUGUUGUGUGUGUGUGUGUAUGAGACUAUGAGUGCAUUUUAAAUCUUGCUGAUUACCUCUAAUUAUUCACAAUUUUUAGUAUAGUAUAUACAUUGAUCAUAAUUGCUUUACUGGUAGUAUUUUGGGGGGGGGGGGAAUUUUACAAACAAAACUUAAGUGAAUCAUUGGUAGAGAAAGUCUAUAAAAUAUUGAUUUUAAGUGAUAUAGAUAACAAAUAAACAUUGGAUUUUGAAGAUGAUCGUUUACAGAUAUAAGUUAUAAGUCGGUAACUUUCCACAAUUAAAGCAAACGUUUUUUUCUGUUUGGAAUGCGGUUGGCCUUCCGUUCGAAUCUACUAUAAGAGAUUGAGGAUGUAAGGGCGUAAUGUCAGGAUGGGACCUAAGCUGAAAUUGUGAUUCCUACAACGGUUUUGAAAUGCAAGGUGGGAGACUGUGCGUACUAUCAAUCUCUACUAGUAAAUGCUUAAGUCACCUGAAAGGUACGGGAAUAAGGGGGUGGGGAGGACUUUCAUUCAUUGUCCAUUCGUUUUCCUGGAAAUAAAUCAUGACUUGUAAUAUUUCACUCUAUUUAUUACUUAAAUAUUGUCAAAUGAUGUAGGCUAUUAUUUCUUUUUUUUUCGUACAGAAAAUAUGUUUGUUGCAAAAUGUUUUGUCUUCUCUAAACAUUCACAGAAUUCGUAGCGUCCAAAAGCGGCCAUCGCAAAAAGGGCGGCGACAAAACGUAGCGAACUAAUAAUGGUUUAUUGUUAGAUCUCCUCUGAUCUUACUUAUAUGAAGUUAAUUGUUUAAUUUUCACCAAUAAAAAUGUAUUUCUCAUUA